AUGGUCGCCAAGGCAAGUAUGUCCCACACGGCUCAGAAUUUCGGAAGGCAGAAAAGCCUAAAAGCCUUCACUCACGCGCUUGCUCAAGCGUCAACAAAGUCCCACAUAAUUAUGGACGACAUCCAAUCAAUCUCACCGUUACCGAGUGAUGCCCCACUUACUGAUUGUAUUUCAAUCAUGCCUUCACAGGAAGACAGUCAACCACCCCAAGACCCUCCACUGGACUGCCAUGUCAUUGUCUCGACUAUGAAUCCAGCGGCGAGACGAGGGCGUCGCAUGGCCAAGAGCAAAAGCCGUGCCCUGUGUCCUUUUUCGGUGGUGACAGUGUCGACUAAGCGGAAGCGAAAGCGCGACACUCGAGAAAUCGAGCAAGAGCGAUGGCAAGGAUCGCCCUUCGAGCCCAAAGGAAGGUUUUCGACGCAUGACACGAUGGACUUGACGUAUAUUGUCGAGCCGCAUAAGGGAUGGUCUGACAUGACACGCUACAACAGACCUUCAGUGAAAAAGGUGCAGUACUACAAUGACGAUUUCGUUUAUGUGGCGACCCAACGGGCCAUCGCGCAACAAAAGAGUAGCGGCUUGCUCCAGCUCGCCGACUGCUGGGUGGCCAAAAUACUCGAAAUCAGGGCACGGGAUCAACACCACGUCUAUGCUCGUGUUUAUUGGAUGUACUCUCCGGACGACUUGCCUUCCAAAGCACUCGAAAACAACAAGCUGAUAUCAGGACGGCAAGCUUACCAUGGACAAAACGAGUUCAUAUCAGUGGAUGUCAUCGAUGCUGUCAGUGUUGUUAUGCGCGCUCAAGUCAGGCAGUGGGUGGAGUCGGACGAUGAAGCGGUGCAGGAUUCGCUGUAUUGGCGGCAAACUGUCGAUCUCACAUGUUAUUGCAAGAUGCCUGCGAAUCCGGACAAAACAUUGAUUGGCUGCUCAAAUCCAAGCUGCGAUCAAUGGCUUCAUUACGAGUGUCUUCUGCAUGCCUGUCUCAUGAGUGUCUACGAGCAGCUGGGCACAGACAAGCCGCAUAAGACGGAGUUAGCAUCGAAGGGGAAAACUGUGGUAAAUCCACAGCCAGACGUACAAGCAAAAAUAGCGGCAAAGGAGGACGACACGACAAAGCCAGCUGCUGGUGAGAAAGAGAGUGAGAAGCCUUACUCAAAGUUAGAGUGCACAAACGGCCUCACAUCACAGCCAGCCGGUACGCCGGAGAUUGCAACAGAAGUCAUGGAAGUGGCGCACGACAAGCUUAAUCAGUCGGAGCACAUAACAGAAUCGGGCAGAAAGGAAAGAGGAAAUGGCGCGCCCUACGCCGGCCUUUUCGAUGCAAAGCUUCGGUUAGAUCGAAACCAAGCGGUAUGGGAGGUGGCUGAUCUGCGGCAAAACAUCCCUUGCGGCGAUCGAGAAUGGGAAUUGGACGUCAAAUGUUUGGUCUGCGGUUCUACAAUCACGUAG